GUCGCAAUGAUAAACAAACAAGCAAACAGAAAUUAAACGCUGUGAAUUUAGCCUAGAUUGAAUUACAACUUUUAAAUGUUGAUGCACUAAAAAUAAAAAAGGAACCCACCAAUUUCAUCUAAAUUCUUUAUUAUUAUUACAAAUAGACCUAAUAUUAUUUCUAUUUUAAUAAUGGUCCUACAUCUGUGUUAAUAAAUUUGGCUCAUUAAUAACAUUAAAAUCUGGACAAUCGGGUGAACGACCCUGACAAUCACAGAAACAGCUGUGAUGUCAGAAAGUUGGAAACAACCGAUGUCUUUUUAAAAGGUAUCCGAGACCUGAAGAACUGUCCAUCACACACUUUCUCAACAUUUGCCCUAAUCCUUAAAUGCAGAUGGCAAAUAUUAUUAUUGAACAAUUGAGUGUCUUCUCACUAAAUAAAGCUGAACCCUGACUUUAGAUGUCCCCUGCAGAGAAGUAAUGUUUCACAAUGAAUGGGGAGCUGAAACCAAAAACUUUUAAAUAUUUUUCGUAUGGCAGCAAUUUGUUGAAGGAAAGGAUUCUCAUCAAUAACCCAACAGCACAAGUUUUUGGCACUGGAAAGCUUCAUGGCUAUCAUUUGAAGUUUGACACACCUGCUGGUUGUGGAAAAAGUCGAUGGUAUGGUGCAGCAGCAACAGUUCGUCCAAAAGAAGGAAGCUUUGUAUAUGGUGUUAUUUGGGAUGUUAACCUUGAAGAUAUGGAAAAACUAGAUAGUCAAGAGGCUCAUUAUUACCCUAUUGAAGUAGAAGUAGAACAUGAUGGACAGAUGGUGAAGUGCAGAACUUAUGAGAUGCAAAAAAAGACAACUGGAUACUGCCUUCCAAGCCCUCACUAUAAGAAGGUCUUAAUAGAUGGAGCUCGUCAGAAUGGUCUGCCUGAAGAGUAUGUAGAAUAUUUAGAAAGCUUUGAGGACAAUGGUGUGACAAAGACUCCCCCCAAUUACCGUAAAGUCAUGGAUAUGGUUGAAACAUUUAGAAAUGAUGAGGACAAUAGCAACGAUGCAGACAAAUAUCGGAAAAAUUCUUCAUAAAAAGUUCAGCAUUUUAUUUUAUUUAAAGCAAUGUUCAAUUCAGUGGUGUGAAAGAUGUGCUUGAAGUCAAUAUCUGUACUUGAGACUUUUUUUUUUAUCAAAUGAAGCCAUUCGCUCUUAAGUUUAUUUAGAAUUUAUUUUUUUUAUCAUUGACAAAAUGAAAUUUGACAGUACUUUGAUUCUCUUUUGCUAAAUCUAUCCUUCCCUUUGAUUGAAGAGAAAUAAAAGUGUUUCAUUUGAAUUGAUUAGUUGUAUUCCACGGAUACCUUGUAAAAACAAAAAUUGGUUGUUUUAAACAUCACCUUUUUUUUCUUUUCUGUAAACCAACGACUAAAAUAAAGACUCAAAGCAACAAUGUAACAAGCCAGUCUAUUAGUGUAACAAGUCGAUUAUGAAGAUGGAUCUCAAUUCUACUUGUAUGAAUAAUUAGGCCCCAUAAUAUUUUAUACUGAAAAAAAAAAUAUCUUAAUAUGAAAUUACUUUAAUAUGUUUUUGGAAAAAGAAAAUUUACCUUCUUCGCUAAGUGGCUGAUUUUGCCUUACAUUGUACAUUUAAAUAUCCUGACAUAAUCUAAUGAACUAUUAUGUUGUUGGAAUGUUGUUACUGUCAUCCACUUGUAAUAAUUGGUCACGCUAUCUUAUAACUAAUAUUUAAGUACAGGGACAGUAUAAAGUAAAUGGAGAGGCCCCUACACUUUUUUGAAAGCUUGAAUGAAAUCCAUUGAUUAAUAAUAAUACUUAAUCUAAAAGCGUGCCAUAGUUUGGAGAAAAAAAAAGAUACUUGUAAAUUUUAUCUAAUUUUCCUUCUUUUUGUUUUUUAAUUUAAUAUUCAUAUUUUAGUUUUAAAAAAGCAUAUUUUAGAGUUUGUGGAGGGUAAGGCCAUGGGUCAAUGCACUGCCAUAAAUCUGGGGCUUCAUUUGUAUAUUUCAAGCAUGCUAUAAAAAAAAAGUGGAUACUUCUUAACCAUGAUACUGCUGCCAACAGUAAGAUUUUAAGCACUGGUAUUGUAAGUAUAGUUUAUAAAGACAAACAAAAAUUAAAAGUUGAUUACCCUUAGCCCCACUUGCCCUCAUCAAAUCCAGCCCUGUUAAAGUAGCAUCUCAUUAAGGUCCAUACAUUCUUAGAGGCAGUUCUGUCAUGAUGAAUGACAACAAUAUAAGUUUAAUCAAUGUUUAAAGUGAUGUUAGCUUCAAGUAGACUUAUAGAUUUUUUUUGUGCAAAUUUAUCUAAAUAUCUCUUUACUAAUUGAUCAUUCAGAUUUUGUUUAUUAUAUAAAAGAAAUAUCAAUAUUCACCAAACUAUUUAUUCAGGAAUUAAAAUAAUAACAAGGAUUAACCAUUUAAAAGGAUGUAUAAUAAAAGCUUAAGUAAAGAAAAUAUUUAGGUUAAAUGUUUUUAUCUAAGCAUACUCAUCUGCAGUUCCUGUUAUUAACCUUUAACUAUAAAGCUCUCUUUAAAAAAAAAAAAAAAAAAGCAAACCUUUUUUUUAAAAAAAAAAAACCAACUACAUUUCUUGUAAAAUCAUUGUUCAUGUUUGAACUGUUGGAGUCAAUGCUAGACAUAAAUUUGUUCUAUGAAAUAAUUCAUUUUGCUUUUAUUACUCAGUCAUUGUAGAAACAAUAAAUUCUUAGUAUUUUACUGUAUUAAGAUAUUAAUAGAUAAAUAUUCCUAAACAAUGUGUAUCGGCUAACAUAAUGGAGACACUAUCUAUUGUAUAUAUUACUGUACAUCAAUUGAUACAGAUCUUUAACACUGUUUUUAGCGGCCCCCGUAAGGGGAAAAAGCCGCUAUUAGGUUUGUGCAAAAUGUCCGUCUGUCCGUCUGUCCGUCUGUCACACUCAGAUCUCAAAAACUAGAAGAGAUAUGAAAAAUAUUAUUUCAUCAUUAAAUCCGGCUUGAAAAGUUUAGGUGCAACGGCUACUUUUGGUUUUCUAAAAGCAAACCGUUUAAUUUAUAAAAUUAAUUAUGCAAGCGAUUUUUUCAUAAAAAUACACCAAUUCUAAAACAAUUACGUAAAUGUAAGGGAGGCAAUGUUACAAUAUGCUAACAAAGAUGGACAAUUUUUGUGUAUUUUCAGUAUCACUAAGUCAAAUAUAUUUUUAAAAUGUACAGGAAAUGUUUACAACAAAUACAAAUAAUAGUUAAAGACGUUUUUUCUGGUCAACUAGCUGCUAAAAUUAAAAGAAAACAUUUCUGUUUGUUUAUAAAGGCUAAUAAUGCACUUUGUAUGUAAAUAUCACGCACAUUUUUUUAAAUGGACUUUUUAUGCAGCGAUUUUCGUGCAGUAGCGUAACGUCGCAACAUGAUCAGGUGCUAAACCAAUUCCUUAAACUUUUUUUAAAAAUCAGAUUUUAUUUAUUUUUUGUUUAGUGCCCCCAUCCGAAUAAAAGAAGCUUAUUUUUGUGCGUUUUGUCUGUUGGUCGGUCUGUCCGUCACGAUUAGAUUUAAAAAACUAGAACUCUAAAAGCUAUUGAAAAUCUGAUUUACCCUUUAAUGUUCCUCCCAUAACAUCUCAAUAGUUUUAAGUAUCUAAAAUUGAUUGUUCCGGAUUUUUUUGUGCAAAACUAAUCAACGCCAACAAAUGUUUGUUUGCUCUUCUAACUUAUAUUACAUUCAAUUUCCAUGCUUAAACGUUGCAAAAACACAUUAUCAAUAAUAUGUUGUUCCGUUUUUUAUGUAAAUAGCAUAUUAAUGCUAAAUCAUAAUCUCUAUACUGACUUAUAUUUCAUUAAGUGUAAAAAUGUUCCGGAUAUUGUUUUAUAAAACAUGAAUUAUGCCUAAUGAUUGUUUGAAAUCGCAUAAGGCUUUUAAAAAAAGUAAUUUACUAGAAUUGAUUACUGAAAAUUACUUUUUAGACAUUUAAUUUUCUUGUAAAACAUAACAUAGAAGUUUUGUAAUCGAUAAAGAAAGUUCCGGAUUUUGUUUCUUACAAAUCGUCGCCAGAAAUUUCCGAAUUUAUUUAAAAAUCUACUAACGCCAAAUAAUUGUUUGAACUCCCUCUUCUAAUUAAUAAACAAAUAAUCUUCUCAUUUACGAAAUAAUGUUUUAAUGGAUUUUUAUGAAAAAUAUUUUAACUCACUACUCUCUUACAGUACAUUUAACUUUCUACCUAAAACAUUAAAAAAUCUAAUUAUCGUUAAUAUUAUGUUCCGAUUUUUAAGGAAAACGGAAUCCAAACACCAAAGUAAGGUAUGAAAAUCUCUCCACGUGGCUGUAGUACAUCUCAUUUUUAUACGAGACCAUCCAAAAAAUUUAAUUAACGGUAUUACAUUUAUCUGAAAUUCUCUUUUUCUUUUACUAUUUAUACAAACAUCCGGAACAAUCUAUUAUAUAAACUUUUCAAUUGUGUUCAUACCUAAAAAUUAUUGCGAUGUUUUGAAACGUAAAAUAAAGGUUAAUCAAUUUUUAAUAACUUUUAGUUGUUUUUUUUAUAUCAAGAUAACGGACAGACCGACUGACAGACAAAACGCAAAAACAAUGUGGCUUUGAUCCUUUUUAAAUAAUAUCUAUUAGAACUCAGUGCACCAAUGUCUAUGAACCCUCGUUAAAUAUCUCGUGUAAAUAAAGACAUUUUUUUUUAUGGUACCGGUACUAGCCUAUUGUGAGGUAAUGGAAUUUUUUUUCUUUGACGUCAUAUGAAUGGACUCUUUAAAUGUAAUGUUAAAAGAACGCACUCGGUGCACCAAUCUCUAUUAACCCUCGAAAAAAUUGCUUGUAUUAAUGAAAACAUAUUUUAGUCUAACUAAGCCGUGUGACGUAGUGUUUUUUUUUCCUUUGACGUCACAUGGAAUGAAUUCUUUAAAUGAAAUGCUAAAAGAACGCACUCGGUGCACCAAUGUCUAUGAACACUCGAGAAAUGGCUCGUGUUGAUAAAGGUGAUUUUUAGUCUAGCUAGGCCUUGUGACGUAGUGUUUUUUUUUUCCUUUGACGUCAUAUGGAAUGAAUUCUUUAAAUGAAAUGCUAAAAGAACGCACUCGGUGCACCAAUGUCUAUGAACACUCGAUAAAUGGCUCUUAUAGAUGAAGGAGAUUUUUAGUCUAGCUAGGCCGUGUGACGUAGUGUUUUUUUUCCCUCUGACGUUAUAUGGAAUUAAUUCUUCAAAUGAAAUGAAAAAAGAACUCGGUAUAGUAAUGUUUAUUAAGCCUCGUUAUGUGACUCGCGUUUAAAAAAGGAAUGAUAUCUUGAUUUAGAUCUAAUCUAGAUUUUUUAAACUAGAUCUAGAUUUUUAUUACAGUAUAUCUAGAUCUGGAUUUAUAUUCUAAUUAAAAUUAUUUUAGAGUCUAGAUCUAGAAUUUCUAGAUCUAGUUUAGACUAAAAUAGACUAGAUUAAGAUGUAGAAUUUCAAUUUCUAAACUUAAAGUGUAAAAAAAAAAGUGUAGAUUUUCAUUUCCAAACGUUUUGAUCAAUAUUGUAAUGUUUUAAUAUACUAAAACUAAUCUACUAUUUUUUUAUUAAAUUUAAAUUUAAAUUUACGGCAAAUGAAUCUUUGAAACAUUAUUACUUUUGACCAUCGGAUGGCUGCCUGGUCGUGCGGUUUGCGCGCUGGACUGUCGUUCAGAUUUAUGGAUGGCCCAGGGUUCAAACCCUGCCCGCUCCCAUCCCCCGUCGUCCUGCGGGAGGUUUGGACUAGGAAGUAAUUAUCUUCAACUCUGAAGGAACAUCCGAAACGUGUAAAACAUUUUACAUCAAAAUUAAAUCACCUCUUGAAUAUUAUUUGCGAAUAUGCAGAUCCGACAGGGAUCCGACUUCGACGGGGGCCGCCUCUGAGUUUGUGUAACACAAACUCUCUUUGUAAUCUUGUUAGCGGCCCCCGUAAGGGGAAAAAGCCGCUAUUAGGUUUGUGCAAAAUGUCCGUCUGUCCGUCUGUCCGUCUGUCCGUCUGUCACACUCAGAUCUCAAAAACUAGAAGAGAUAUGAAAAAUAUUAUUUCAUCAUUAAAUCCGGCUUGAAAAGUUUAGGUGCAACGGCUACUUUUGGUUUUCUAAAAGCAAACCGUUUAAUUUAUAAAAUUAAUUAUGCAAGCGAUUUUUUCAUAAAAAUACACCAAUUCUAAAACAAUUACGUAAAUGUAAGGGAGGCAAUGUUACAAUAUGCUAACAAAGAUGGACAAUUUUUGUGUAUUUUCAGUAUCACUAAGUCAAAUAUAUUUUUAAAAUGUACAGGAAAUGUUUACAACAAAUACAAAUAAUAGUUAAAGACGUUUUUUCUGGUCAACUAGCUGCUAAAAUUAAAAGAAAACAUUUCUGUUUGUUUAUAAAGGCUAAUAAUGCACUUUGUAUGUAAAUAUCACGCACAUUUUUUUAAAUGGACUUUUUAUGCAGCGAUUUUCGUGCAGUAGCGUAACGUCGCAACAUGAUCAGGUGCUAAACCAAUUCCUUAAACUUUUUUUAAAAAUCAGAUUUUAUUUAUUUUUUGUUUAGUGCCCCCAUCCGAAUAAAAGAAGCUUAUUUUUGUGCGUUUUGUCUGUUGGUCGGUCUGUCCGUCACGAUUAGAUUUAAAAAACUAGAACUCUAAAAGCUAUUGAAAAUCUGAUUUACCCUUUAAUGUUCCUCCCAUAACAUCUCAAUAGUUUUAAGUAUCUAAAAUUGAUUGUUCCGGAUUUUUUUGUGCAAAACUAAUCAACGCCAACAAAUGUUUGUUUGCUCUUCUAACUUAUAUUACAUUCAAUUUCCAUGCUUAAACGUUGCAAAAACACAUUAUCAAUAAUAUGUUGUUCCGUUUUUUAUGUAAAUAGCAUAUUAAUGCUAAAUCAUAAUCUCUAUACUGACUUAUAUUUCAUUAAGUGUAAAAAUGUUCCGGAUAUUGUUUUAUAAAACAUGAAUUAUGCCUAAUGAUUGUUUGAAAUCGCAUAAGGCUUUUAAAAAAAGUAAUUUACUAGAAUUGAUUACUGAAAAUUACUUUUUAGACAUUUAAUUUUCUUGUAAAACAUAACAUAGAAGUUUUGUAAUCGAUAAAGAAAGUUCCGGAUUUUGUUUCUUACAAAUCGUCGCCAGAAAUUUCCGAAUUUAUUUAAAAAUCUACUAACGCCAAAUAAUUGUUUGAACUCCCUCUUCUAAUUAAUAAACAAAUAAUCUUCUCAUUUACGAAAUAAUGUUUUAAUGGAUUUUUAUGAAAAAUAUUUUAACUCACUACUCUCUUACAGUACAUUUAACUUUCUACCUAAAACAUUAAAAAAUCUAAUUAUCGUUAAUAUUAUGUUCCGAUUUUUAAGGAAAACGGAAUCCAAACACCAAAGUAAGGUAUGAAAAUCUCUCCACGUGGCUGUAGUACAUCUCAUUUUUAUACGAGACCAUCCAAAAAAUUUAAUUAACGGUAUUACAUUUAUCUGAAAUUCUCUUUUUCUUUUACUAUUUAUACAAACAUCCGGAACAAUCUAUUAUAUAAACUUUUCAAUUGUGUUCAUACCUAAAAAUUAUUGCGAUGUUUUGAAACGUAAAAUAAAGGUUAAUCAAUUUUUAAUAACUUUUAGUUGUUUUUUUUAUAUCAAGAUAACGGACAGACCGACUGACAGACAAAACGCAAAAACAAUGUGGCUUUGAUCCUUUUUAAAUAAUAUCUAUUAGAACUCAGUGCACCAAUGUCUAUGAACCCUCGUUAAAUAUCUCGUGUAAAUAAAGACAUUUUUUUUUAUGGUACCGGUACUAGCCUAUUGUGAGGUAAUGGAAUUUUUUUUCUUUGACGUCAUAUGAAUGGACUCUUUAAAUGUAAUGUUAAAAGAACGCACUCGGUGCACCAAUCUCUAUUAACCCUCGAAAAAAUUGCUUGUAUUAAUGAAAACAUAUUUUAGUCUAACUAAGCCGUGUGACGUAGUGUUUUUUUUUCCUUUGACGUCACAUGGAAUGAAUUCUUUAAAUGAAAUGCUAAAAGAACGCACUCGGUGCACCAAUGUCUAUGAACACUCGAGAAAUGGCUCGUGUUGAUAAAGGUGAUUUUUAGUCUAGCUAGGCCUUGUGACGUAGUGUUUUUUUUUUCCUUUGACGUCAUAUGGAAUGAAUUCUUUAAAUGAAAUGCUAAAAGAACGCACUCGGUGCACCAAUGUCUAUGAACACUCGAUAAAUGGCUCUUAUAGAUGAAGGAGAUUUUUAGUCUAGCUAGGCCGUGUGACGUAGUGUUUUUUUUCCCUCUGACGUUAUAUGGAAUUAAUUCUUCAAAUGAAAUGAAAAAAGAACUCGGUAUAGUAAUGUUUAUUAAGCCUCGUUAUGUGACUCGCGUUUAAAAAAGGAAUGAUAUCUUGAUUUAGAUCUAAUCUAGAUUUUUUAAACUAGAUCUAGAUUUUUAUUACAGUAUAUCUAGAUCUGGAUUUAUAUUCUAAUUAAAAUUAUUUUAGAGUCUAGAUCUAGAAUUUCUAGAUCUAGUUUAGACUAAAAUAGACUAGAUUAAGAUGUAGAAUUUCAAUUUCUAAACUUAAAGUGUAAAAAAAAAAGUGUAGAUUUUCAUUUCCAAACGUUUUGAUCAAUAUUGUAAUGUUUUAAUAUACUAAAACUAAUCUACUAUUUUUUUAUUAAAUUUAAAUUUAAAUUUACGGCAAAUGAAUCUUUGAAACAUUAUUACUUUUGACCAUCGGAUGGCUGCCUGGUCGUGCGGUUUGCGCGCUGGACUGUCGUUCAGAUUUAUGGAUGGCCCAGGGUUCAAACCCUGCCCGCUCCCAUCCCCCGUCGUCCUGCGGGAGGUUUGGACUAGGAAGUAAUUAUCUUCAACUCUGAAGGAACAUCCGAAACGUGUAAAACAUUUUACAUCAAAAUUAAAUCACCUCUUGAAUAUUAUUUGCGAAUAUGCAGAUCCGACAGGGAUCCGACUUCGACGGGGGCCGCCUCUGAGUUUGUGUAACACAAACUCUCUUUGUAAUCUUGUUAGCGGCCCCCGUAAGGGGAAAAAGCCGCUAUUAGGUUUGUGCAAAAUGUCCGUCUGUCCGUCUGUCCGUCUGUCACACUCAGAUCUCAAAAACUAGAAGAGAUAUGAAAAAUAUUAUUUCAUCAUUAAAUCCGGCUUGAAAAGUUUAGGUGCAACGGCUACUUUUGGUUUUCUAAAAGCAAACCGUUUAAUUUAUAAAAUUAAUUAUGCAAGCGAUUUUUUCAUAAAAAUACACCAAUUCUAAAACAAUUACGUAAAUGUAAGGGAGGCAAUGUUACAAUAUGCUAACAAAGAUGGACAAUUUUUGUGUAUUUUCAGUAUCACUAAGUCAAAUAUAUUUUUAAAAUGUACAGGAAAUGUUUACAACAAAUACAAAUAAUAGUUAAAGACGUUUUUUCUGGUCAACUAGCUGCUAAAAUUAAAAGAAAACAUUUCUGUUUGUUUAUAAAGGCUAAUAAUGCACUUUGUAUGUAAAUAUCACGCACAUUUUUUUAAAUGGACUUUUUAUGCAGCGAUUUUCGUGCAGUAGCGUAACGUCGCAACAUGAUCAGGUGCUAAACCAAUUCCUUAAACUUUUUUUAAAAAUCAGAUUUUAUUUAUUUUUUGUUUAGUGCCCCCAUCCGAAUAAAAGAAGCUUAUUUUUGUGCGUUUUGUCUGUUGGUCGGUCUGUCCGUCACGAUUAGAUUUAAAAAACUAGAACUCUAAAAGCUAUUGAAAAUCUGAUUUACCCUUUAAUGUUCCUCCCAUAACAUCUCAAUAGUUUUAAGUAUCUAAAAUUGAUUGUUCCGGAUUUUUUUGUGCAAAACUAAUCAACGCCAACAAAUGUUUGUUUGCUCUUCUAACUUAUAUUACAUUCAAUUUCCAUGCUUAAACGUUGCAAAAACACAUUAUCAAUAAUAUGUUGUUCCGUUUUUUAUGUAAAUAGCAUAUUAAUGCUAAAUCAUAAUCUCUAUACUGACUUAUAUUUCAUUAAGUGUAAAAAUGUUCCGGAUAUUGUUUUAUAAAACAUGAAUUAUGCCUAAUGAUUGUUUGAAAUCGCAUAAGGCUUUUAAAAAAAGUAAUUUACUAGAAUUGAUUACUGAAAAUUACUUUUUAGACAUUUAAUUUUCUUGUAAAACAUAACAUAGAAGUUUUGUAAUCGAUAAAGAAAGUUCCGGAUUUUGUUUCUUACAAAUCGUCGCCAGAAAUUUCCGAAUUUAUUUAAAAAUCUACUAACGCCAAAUAAUUGUUUGAACUCCCUCUUCUAAUUAAUAAACAAAUAAUCUUCUCAUUUACGAAAUAAUGUUUUUACGGAUUUUUAUGAAAAAUAUUUUAACUCACUACUCUCUUACAGUACAUUUAACUUUCUACCUAAAACAUUAAAAAAUCUAAUUAUCGUUAAUAUUAUGUUCCGAUUUUUAAGGAAAACGGAAUCCAAACACCAAAGUAAGGUAUGAAAAUCUCUCCACGUGGCUGUAGUACAUCUCAUUUUUAUACGAAACCAUCCAAAAAAUUUAAUUAACGGUAUUACAUUUAUCUGAAAUUCUCUUUUUCUUUUACUAUUUAUACAAACAUCCGGAACAAUCUAUUAUAUAAACUUUUCAAUUGUGUUCAUACCUAAAAAUUAUUGCGAUGUUUUGAAACGUAAAAUAAAGGUUAAUCAAUUUUUAAUAACUUUUAGUUGUUUUUUUUAUAUCAAGAUAACGGACAGACCGACUGACAGACAAAACGCAAAAACAAUGUGGCUUUGAUCCUUUUUAAAUAAUAUCUAUUAGAACUCAGUGCACCAAUGUCUAUGAACCCUCGUUAAAUAUCUCGUGUAAAUAAAGACAUUUUUUUUUAUGGUACCGGUACUAGCCUAUUGUGAGGUAAUGGAAUUUUUUUUCUUUGACGUCAUAUGAAUGGACUCUUUAAAUGUAAUGUUAAAAGAACGCACUCGGUGCACCAAUCUCUAUUAACCCUCGAAAAAAUUGCUUGUAUUAAUGAAAACAUAUUUUAGUCUAACUAAGCCGUGUGACGUAGUGUUUUUUUUUUCCUUUGACGUCACAUGGAAUGAAUUCUUUAAAUGAAAUGCUAAAAGAACGCUCUCGGUGCACCAAUGUCUAUGAACACUCGAGAAAUGGCUCGUGUUGAUAAAGGUGAUUUUUAGUCUAGCUAGGCCUUGUGACGUAGUGUUUUUUUUUUCCUUUGACGUCAUAUGGAAUGAAUUCUUUAAAUGAAAUGCUAAAAGAACGCACUCGGUGCACCAAUGUCUAUGAACACUCGAUAAAAGGCUCGUAAUGAUGAAGGCGAUUUUUAUUCUAGCUAGGCCGUGUGACGUAGUGUUUUUUUUUUCCUUUGACGUCAUAUGGAAUGAAUUCUUUAAAUGAAAUGCUUAAAGAACGCACUCAGUGCACCUAAGUCUAUGAACACUCGAUAAAUGGCUCUUAUAGAUGAAGGAGAUUUUUAGUCUAGCUAGGCCGUGUGACGUAGUGUUUUUUUUCCCUCUGACGUUAUAUGGAAUUAAUUCUUCAAAUGAAAUGAAAAAAGAACUCGGUAUAGUAAUGUUUAUUAAGCCUCGUUAUGUGACUCGCGUUUAAAAAAGGAAUGAUAUCUUGAUUUAGAUCUAAUCUAGAUUUUUUAAACUAGAUCUAGAUUUUUAUUACAGUUUAUCUAGAUCUGGAUUUAUAUUCUAAUUAAAAUUAUUUUAGAGUCUAGAUCUAGAAUUUCUAGAUCUAGUUUAGACUAAAAUAGACUAGAUUAAGAUGUAGAAUUUCAAUUUCUAAACUUAAAGUGUAAAAAAAAAAGUGUAGAUUUUCAUUUCCAAAAGUUUUGAUCAAUAUUGUAAUGUUUUAAUUUAAUAUACUAAAACUAAUCUACUAUUUUUUUUAUUAAAUUUAAAUUUAAAUUUACGGCAAAUGAAUCUUUGAAACAUUAUUACUUUUGACCAUCGGAUGGCUGCCUGGUCGUGCGGUUUGCGCGCUGGACUGUCGUUCAGAUUUAUGGAUGGCCCAGGGUUCAAACCCUGCCCGCUCCCAUCCCCCGUCGUCCUGCGGGAGGUUUGGACUAGGAAGUAAUUAUCUUCAACUCUGAAGGAACAUCCGAAACGUGUAAAACAUUUUACAUCAAAAUUAAAUCACCUCUUGAAUAUUAUUUGCGAAUAUGCAGAUCCGACAGGGAUCCGACUUCGACGGGGGCCGCCUCUGAGUUUGUGUAACACAAACUCUCUUUGUAAUCUUGUUUAUAUUUAUGCUUGCAGAAAAAAAUAAUAAACAUUUAUGGCUGUGCUGUUAUUUAAACAUAGUGCUUGAAAAAAAAAGUUGUUUUUUUUUCUUAUAUACCGGUACACCUUUAUAUCUGUAUAUAUAUAUAUCUUUGUUUCUGUGAUGUACUUGUUAUCAUUGACAUAGUAAUUGAUUUAUUAAACUAAUAGAUGGCUGUAAACAUGCAACAGUUGUAGCUUGGUGUUUUUUGUUUAAUUCAUUUUUGAAUUCACUUUUGUUUAUUUGUUUGACAUUAAUUGCUUUUCUUUAAUAAAUCAUUCAAUGAAUACUUCCUAAAAUGAUGUGCACAUUUUCUUUUUUUUUCUUUUAUCAUGAUCAUCUGUUGUGACAUUGAGUGGUCUUGUUUUGUUUUUUUCUUCUUCCUUUUUGUUUAAAGAACCCAACCACAUUACAAUGAAUACAUUAGUAAUUAGUAAGAAAACAUUUGAAAUUGAAUGCUGUUUUUUGCAAAUGUUAUUCAUUUGAAAUCAUAUAAUGUAUAGAAUAGCAGGCUGGGCAACCCUGUGAAGCAAAUAAAUUUAGAAGCUCACAGUGUGCAAGUAACAUGAAAAACAACUUGAAAACAAUUGAAUGAAAUGAUAAACAUUAUUCUAACUCUUCAAUUUUUGACAUUUGUGAAACAGUAUCAGUUUUUUGUUAAAGUAGAACAUCAAUGCCCAACUAAUUGUAAGUUUUACUUUUUUUUUUCUUUUACCAGCAGAACUAAAACAAAAAGGUUUUAAUUUUCUUGAACGAAAUGAUUAUUAUGGAGGGUAAAUGAAAGAAAUAACAUCACAUUUAUAUUUUCUAACAAACACAAAAAAAGUCCUUUUUUUUAAAAAAAAAAAAUUGAUCUGUGAUUGUAUAAAAUAUCUUUUUAGAUUUAAAAAUAUUCCACUGUUUUAAGUGGAUGUUUUUUUUUUUGUUUUGUUUUAUAUAAAUUGGACAUGUUAACAGUGCACCAGCUGGCUACUGAAAUACCAUCUGACAGCAUUAUUGAUUAACUUACAAAAAAAAAAGUUACAUUUACAUUAUAUACUUCUUUUUCUAACAUUGGCAAGUUGAAUGAGUGCAACAAUUGUGAUCUAGUUAAUCCAUAAUUUAUUGUGUAUAUCUUUAGUUUUGAGAUAUUUUUGAAACCAGUAUGAGUACAAUUUUACAGAAUAGAAUGUUUUUCAUGUGUUGGACUUUCCAUAUUUUUCCUGAAAUGAUGGCCAUAGAAAGAUUUAUUGUUUAAUUAGAAAAUUGCAUUGGUCAGCUUAAACAACAUAACAACUAUUGAAUAAAAUUAUUCUGCCAAUCGAUCUGUAGGUCUUAAGUAAAAAAACACAACUUAGUAAUAUUUAAAAUGUAUAGACCCAAUACUUGUUUUUUUUUUGUUUUUAUUUAUUUCAAGAAACAGAAUUAAGAGCUCAUCCCAUCCUUUAUUGAUUAAUAAUAUAUCUGUAUCAUCAUUGCAGUUCUAAAACCUUUCUAUAUGAAAUGCAUUUCAGAUUCAAUAAAAUUAGGUAAUUAUAAACUGCAAUAAAUUUUAGUUCAUUUUUGAAUGGAUUUUUUUUUUAACCUGUACUUAAACAAAUGUUGUUUUUUUUUGUUUGCAUUUUCUUCUUGUGUGAGGUUUUAGUAACUAUGUGUGGACAUGUAUACAUAUUCAAAGCAUUAUUUCAAAAAUGCAAACAGUCAAUGUAUCUAAUGUAUUCAGCUAUAUAUUUUGUAAUAUUUACCUGAUUAAACUUUUGAAACCAUU